ACAUUGACAUGUUGUAUGACAAAUUACCUGCUGAAGAACCACGUGAUCGUUCCGCUUGGCUGCGUCCAACAACAAACCAGGUGUGGGAGAAAAGUUGGCCGUCUUUCAUUUAUUCAACUGUCUCUUGCUGUGUACAUUUUGAAUUAUUUUUAUAGGACAUUAUUUAUUAAUUAUAAAACAUAUGAGAGGAUUUUUCAAAAGAUGGCCAAAAUGAAUUUUACGCUGUUAUUUGUUAGUCUUGUAAUUCUUAAAGUUUGCCAAAGUUAUAACCGAGUAUGUUAUUACACAAAUUGGGCCCAGUAUCGACCAAGUAAUGCAAAAUAUGUUCCCGAAAACUUAGAUCCAUAUCUUUGCACCCAUUUAAUAUUCGCUUUUGCCAAAAUGAAUGGAAAUCGCCUGGUAGCGUUCGAAUGGAACGACGAAUCAACAGACUGGAUGCGUGGAAUGUAUGCCAAGUUCAAUGACAUUAAAUUGAAAAAUCCAGCUCUAAAGACAUUGCUAGCCGUCGGUGGGUGGAACAUGGGGUCUAAACCCUUUACCCAAAUGGUAAAGACACACGAAAGCAGAGCAGAAUUUACCAAAUCAACCAUCCAAUUCCUCAGAGAAAGAAAUUUUGAUGGUCUUGAUUUGGAUUGGGAAUACCCUGCCAACAGGGGAAGCCCCAAGGAAGAUAAAGAUAGAUUCACCAAGCUUGUCAUCCAACUUAGAUCUGCAUUUAACCAAGAAGCAGCGAUGACUGGAAAAACGCCAUUGAUGUUAACUGCCGCAGUGGCUGCUGGGAAAGACAAAGUAGACACUGGCUAUGAAAUUGCUACAAUUGCCAGACAUAUGGAUUUCAUUAAUGUAAUGACCUAUGAUCUUCAUGGUCCUUGGGAGAAAGUUACUGGACAUAACAGUCCUUUACAUGCCAGGAGGGAAGAGUUUAGUCCUGAUAACCAAUUAAACAUCGCCUGGGUUGCAGAAUACUGGAAUAAAAACGGACUACCCAAAGAGAAGUUGAAUGUCGGACUGGCUCUUUAUGGUCGAUCUUUCACAUUAACAGACCCAUACAACAAUGGAGUGGGGGCCCCAGCCAAAGGAAAGGGUAACGCUGGUAAUUAUACCAGGGAGGCUGGAUUUCUGUCCUACUUUGAGGUGUGCCAGAAACUAUCAGAGGGUGCCCAGAGACAUUACAUCGCAGAGCAGAUGUCCCCCUACAUCACCUACGCUGACCAGUGGGUCGGUUAUGACGAUAUGGAUAGCUUAGCUGUAAAGGUUGACUACAUAAAGAAGCACAGAUAUGGCGGUAUCAUGGUGUGGGCCCUGGACUUGGAUGACUUUAACUUUAUCUGUAACUCCACCACCGAGACUUACCCUCUACUGAGGAGGAUCAACCAACAGCUGGGGGUCAAACUUCCACAGACAUCUUCAAUUACACGCCCUCCUUCCGGUCAAAGUUCCGGUACAGGAUCAGGACCCUCCAAGCCGUCUGCUCCUCACAGUCCUAAGCCUUCUGGGGGUAAAAAAUUCAAAUGUGAAAUUGGAGGAGAUGGUCUCUAUGCAAGUCCCUACUCAUGUAAUGAAUACUACACCUGUAAUGAUGGACACGCCCAUCAUUUUAAAUGUGCCCAAGGAUUACAUUUCAGCAGCCAGUUCAACUUUUGCGGAUGGCCGAAGGACGUGGUGUGUGAUCUAGACGCUGCUCGCAAGAGGGCGAAACAAGUUCUUAGUAACGAACCUGAGCCUGCAGCUCCGCCACAGCAACCUGUCCAGAAAACUCCCCCGCCAAUAUACAACCCCGCACCAGAAAGGCAAAAUGCAUUUCAAUUUCAACCAAAUGUGCCAAAUCAACAGCAACAACCGGUGAAUCAGCAACAGAAUGUACAACAGCAGACAUGGAAUCAAGUGCCAAGUCAGCCUAAAGUAGCUCCGCAACCACCAAGGAGAAAUAUCCAACAACAGCAGCGACAACAACAACAGCCACCUGUGCAACAGACGCAACAAAGCCAGCAAAGGAAUGUGAUGGACUCUGUGGCAUCAAAUGAUCCCUGGAGAUGGCUGGAACCAGUUCAAGAGCAACAGAAUCAGAUGCCGUUCUACUGGAACUAUUUGCGUCCGGAUAUGUCACCUGAUUUCUGCACGGGUAAGGAUAAUGGUAUGUACCCCGAUCCCGAGAACUGCAAUGGAUUCAUUGACUGUGUGAAUCAUAUAUCGUUCAGGGGUAUGUGUAGCCCGGGAAUGGCCUUCGACAGCUCAAGACUUCAGUGUGAUUACGCUCAGAAUGUGCCCGGAUGUCCAGAAUCAAUUUAAAAUAUAACCAUGGUUUGACAUGCAUAAUCACAUCCAGUUCACUAGAAUUUUGUCCUGUUCCUUUUUAUGCCAGGAAACUGUAUAUAUACUUUUUGAAUCUGUCCUCCUCAGAACUGGGACGUGACUAACUUUAUUUGAUCAAUAUCCACAAAUUGUCUCAAAUAAACUCGUAAGUGAGUUGGAUGAUAGUUGAUUUCUUCAUAACUUCGAUAUUUGAUCAAAACUUUCUUGUGGAAAGUACUCUUUGUCAACUUAUUCUUUCAGAUGAUAAAUAUUAAUUACAUUCCAUGUAUACAUCAUUUAAAAUGCUGAUACUGUAACCAUGUUACCAUAGUGUUAUUUGCAAUUGUAUUUAAUACAUAAUAAACAUGUGUUGCUUCUGGAAA